AUGGCAAGAGUGACGGCAUUUCUUUUGGGUCUCUCCCAGUUUCCUGUUUGGGCUGCUGCUGGAAGCCCAGCGGUUAUCCAGACUUCAUCGGGCAAGGUCAAGGGUUUCACUGAUGACAUAACACCGAAUGUUGCGCAGUACCUUGGUAUUCCCUUUGCAGAGCAGCCGGUGGGAGCACGGAGAUGGUUGCCCCCGACUUCAGUGAAGAGGUCGAACAAACUCAUCGAGGCGAAUGUCUUGGGUCCUUCUUGUCCUCAGUUCGAGGUCGAUAGGCCGAAUGUUUGGCUCACCGAUGCGCCGGAGUUUAUUAUCACGCCACGCCUUUUUCAAUCUGAAGAAUGUCUGAAACUCAAUAUUUGGGCGCCUUUGGCUCAGUGUCAGGAUGGAGGCCGCAAGAAGGAAUUGCUGCCUGUGCUUGUUUGGAUCCAUGGUGGAGGCUUUGUGACUGGCGGACCUACUGUUCCGUAUCAGGUUCCUUCAAGAUGGGUUGAGAGGACUGGAGAGCACAUUGUUGUUGGAAUCAACUACCGUCUGAACAUCUUUGGCUUUCCCAACUCGAAGAGCCUCAAGGCCGACGAACAGAACCUUGGCUUACUGGACCAACGCGUGGCUUUGGAAUGGAUCCGGGAUAACAUCCGCAACUUUGGUGGUGAUCCAUCUCGCAUCACCCUUUGGGGACAGUCUGCGGGCGCUUCUUCUGUCGACAACUACAACUUCGCCUACCCUAAAGACCCUAUUGUUUCGGGUCUUAUAAUGAACUCCGGAACGGCUCUACUCCCUAUUGCAAGUGCCGACGUCCAACAGACAAACUUUACCUUUGUCGCCAAGCAGUUUGGAUGCAGCAAUUCCAGCCCCAAAGCCGAGAUUGACUGCUUCCGGCGCGUGCCCCAUACAGCCAUUGAAGGCUUCCUCAAGCAGUAUGCCGACAACGGCACAUCUCCCAGCCUGAGUUUCACACCAGUAGUCGACAACCGCGCAUUCUUCUCAGACGUUACUGCGCGCGCUCUGGCUGGAAAGUUUUCACGCAAGCCUGCCAUAAUUGGCACGACUUCUGACGAGGGCACCGCAUUCGGAACGUACAACAAGACCUAUGGGCCCGUUAAGGCUCAGGCAGACUUUGUAACAGGUCAAUUCUUCCUAUGCCCUGCUGCGCAAACAACAGACGACCGGUUCACAGCAAACACCACCACAUUCCGCUACCUCUACGCUGGAAACUUUAGCAACAUCUCACCCCAGUUCUGGCAAGGCGCAUACCACUCGUCUGACGUUCCAAUGUAUUUUGGCGCCUACGGCAUCGCAAGGGGCAAUGGCACCGAGUUCCAGCGCAAGGUCAGCGAGCAGGUUCAGGAUUACUAUUUGGCAUUUGCCAAGGACCCUGUUAACGGACUGCCCAAGUUGGACUGGGAAGCAUACAAGCCGAGUGGCGAGGCGGUGUUGAUUGCGCAUGAGGGAGAGGUAGUACAGAGCAUUGAGGUGAGUAAGUUGAAGACGCCGUGUGAUGGUACUACGCCGAAUGGUAAGCCUUUGCCACCAUAG